GUAACUCAAUGUUUCCACCCGGAAUCAGUAACCAGACGGAUCAAUUUCACGUUUUGAAAAGCUGCGGACCCAAAACAAACGGGCUGUUUUGUUUUGAUUUCUCUGAUACUAUUUAAAUAAAUAAAUAUAGUCGAGUGGAUAAUGGCUGUCCCAGGUCCAAACAAGGAUAACAUCAGAGCUGGCUGCAAAAGAUGCGGAUAUCCGGGUCAUCUUACAUUUGAGUGUCGUAAUUUUGUUCGUGUGGACCCGGGGAAGGACAUUGUUUUGGACGUGAGCAGCACCAGCAGUGAGGAGAGUGAAGAGGAGGAACAGGAAACUGUCAGUAAAGAAAAGAUCUUCGGUAGCAGCCAUUCAAAAGGUUCACAUGAAGAUUCCAAAAAGGAAAAGCAUAAAAAGAAAAGUAAAGACAGAUCUCAUCGAAAGGCCAAGAAGAGGUCUUAUUCAUCAAGUGAUGAUGAGGAGGAAGUGAGCAAGAAGAAGAAAAAGCAUAAGAGCGAUAAGAAGAAAGGGAAGAAGGAGAAAAGAGAGCGAGAAAAGAAACACAGGAAAAAACUGAAGAAGAAAGAUGCCGAAUCUUCCUCAAACUGUUCCUCUGGAUCUUCAGUCACUGAUUGAAUUCAUUUACAGUGUAUGAAACAUUGACAGGACCAGCAGAUCAUUGCAAACCAGCGACAGAGAAGAUUUCAGAUGGGAAAUAGUGUAACAUACAGAGUAAUGUAUAGAUAAUUAAAUAACCUUGAAACAUUGAGAUCAUUCUCUAUCUGAACAAGGUGAUCCAGUUGUCAACUCCUUUAUUUUGUCUUUAUCUUUGUUUUUAAGAGUUGGAAUGAAGGUCGCCUUUUUGUGCUGUUUCUAACAAAACUGUAUUUUGUACAUAAAUUAAAUGAAAACAACCCAAAUUCCUUUUUUGGUAAAUACUUUUACUAAGUUUUAAGUGUUUCUAUAUACUGCUAUACUGGAAGUAUUGAAACAAUGAAACGUUUAAGCUACAAUAAAGGAUUACAUUAAAUGAUAAAAAUAAAGCAAUAAUGAAAUAGACAAGCCAGAUCAGAAAUAAUGUUGGCGCAGUUGCACUGAGCUAUGCGGCUCAUGUGGGUGAUAUAAGUUUGAAUAUAGCUGGCAACAUUCCCCAUCCUGUUCCUCAUCUCUCUUCCCAUUGUGUCCUGUUGUCUUGGUUUAAAUAUUUUUUUUAUUGAAAUAAAUUGUUAAAAAAG